AUGGACGACGAAAACGUUCACACGCCGGAGGGUUCGUCGGAAGAAUCUAAUUCGGAGGUUGAAGACGACGGUGACGUUGUGAAUUACAGUGCACAUUUUGUGACAGACACGGUUUUUCUAACGUUUGACGAUGCAGUUACAUGGGCGGAUGCUGUUGCAAUAAAUUUGGGAUUUAUUUUGGUGAAAUCGUCUUUCAACAAACAGAGGGAUGGUCGACCAGUUCGAUAUUUAAGAUGUGACCGGGGACGCAGGAGUAAGCCGAGAGAUCUUGAGAACGCAAUUCGGAAGGACACCAAAACCAAGGGCAUUGGUUGUCCUUUCUACAUCAAGAUAUGUUAA